UUUUGCUGCAUGUCGCUCGACAACUUGCUCUACAACCAUGUGGUGGCGUAAAAUUCCUCGCCGGCUGGUCUAAGCCUUGAAAGCAAACGACAACAUGAUUACCACGGCAACCACUCAACAAUGGUGUAAACUUUAGUUAGUUUUUCAAUCAAUCUACUCUCUGGUGUCGCAUUCCCAACUAUCCAAAAUGUCUCUGAAAUAUAUGACAAACGUUAAAACAAAUUGGAUAAAGGCGCGAGACGUUCGAACGGCAUGCUUCAUCGCACGGGAUGCCCUGGCCGUCGGCAUGGGAAGCCACAUCGUCCUGAUGAAUGUUAUCAGCAAGCAGGAAACGUUCUACCGGGCGACGGACCGAACCAAUGGCGAGGGUGUCGCAUGCCUGGCGGGACACAAAACAUUCUCCAUUUUCGCAUUUGCCGAGUGCUGUGUGUUUCCGCGAAUUUUCAUUGUGGCCUAUCCGGACAAUGCGGUACUGUUCGUACUGGAAGGAGACGGAAAAGCUUGCAGCUACGUAUCGCUGUGCUUCACGGAAGGCGAAUAUCUUCUAGCGAUGACUGGUAUUCCGGACUACAGCAUCGAAGUUUACGUUUGGAGAAACAAGGAAAUGCUCAUCAAAAGAAAGACCGACAUCAACACUGACAAACAGCUGCUUAUGUGUAGUCCGGCAUCUACGAUAACAGUUUGCCAAUUGGCCUACAGUCAAGCACACGUGACCCUGUGGGAAAUCCACGGAAAUGUUCGCAUAGCCAGACUCAUCGAAAAAGUUGUGAAGCUUCCCUUCGGAAAAGAGGCUGCCCCGCUGGAUGCGACCUUCUCCAUCGAUGGGACACUGAUGAUCGUGAACAAAUGGGGCAGUGUCUACAGUUUUUCAGCAGCAUCAGGCCAAUUGAACCAAAUUAUCAAACCUACAGAAGAUCCGUACAUGUUCCCUCCGCUUAUCUUCUACUGCAAAGGAGGACUUCUGCUGAGUGAUUCCUCCGGAAAUGUCAGCUACUAUAAGCGCCAAAAAGGGACCUGGAACCAGCUAUGGACAACGAAACCUCCAGAACCAUACUCACUGUUGAUGCUCUAUUCGGCCAGUGAGGGACUCUACGGUACUACAAUAAAUGGGAACCUCGUUCGAACGGUGGUGGAUAAUGAUUUCCGGAAUGUGGAAUUCAUCACGGCCCGAGAGUUCGACUGCCAAAUGACAAAUUUUGUCUUGCUAAAACCACUGGGCGAGAUACUGAUAGCCUGUAAGGUAUCGAAUCAAUUGGUAGCAAUCGAUACAAAAACUGGAACUAGAAUAUCAGAGCACAGCACUCCAACUGUGAAGUGCGUGGUUGAAAACCCUGCGUAUCCUUUUAUAGCAGUUGGAACACUAGAAGGAAUAGUUUCUCUGCUAUCUUUCUACAAUCCAACUGAACCGUGUGAACUCACCAGCUUCCAUCUUAGUCACGUCGCAAUUGAUUCUAUACUGUUUUGCUCCGAUGGAUCCCACAUGGCUGUAUUUGAUGAGAAACUAAAUGUAUUCUUCAUCAAAGGUUUUCCCGGCGGUACCAUGAACGUCAUACAUCACUAUGAAGCUCCAGAAGAUCUGCACCAAUGCUCUUUCGAAAUUCAUGAAGAUGUCAUGUCGAUUGUAGGCACCUUAUCUGAAAAUGGCUUGGACCCAUCGAGUGAAAUUAUCCGAGUUAUGCUUUCUACUAAGGAUGGGCUUCGUCGCGAAGAAAAAGGCAUUGCGCCAAAAAGCUACUCUCAAUUAGCAUACAAAUCCGGUGGGUCCAAACGAUUGUAUGCCGUUUGUCUGCUAUCGAAUGAAAUUGAUGUCAUUGAAUUGGACGUCGAAGAACCAACAGGACAACUAACAGUUCACAUUUGUGCAACCAUCAAGGUGAAACAUCAAGUGCCACAGUUCCAAGUUCUCGUCGAUCAAUUUCAUCUCGUCACGUGGGGAACGGACGGGCUAGUCACUAUCUACGAUGCAGUAUCGGACAAGCUGCUUGCCUACUUUUUGGCGCACGAUCGUACAAGGAUGGGCGUUAGGCUGGCCCGAUGUGACCCAUCGCAUCAGCACAUUAUCACUCUUGGUCACACGGGAUGCAUAGUGUGUACCAAGCACCAUCGUAGCGCUGCCGCUGCACAAAGAUGCGACGAUUUGAAACGAGAUCUCGAAACAGACGACGUAGUGGCAAUGUUUCAGAACCCCACGUCUGGCUUCGUACCGAAAGGAUUCACCUUUACGCGGUGGAUUGACAUGGAACGUAUUAGCAAACUGGAAAGCGAAAAAUUGCAAUUCAAAUCGGAACGAGUGCAGAUAAUGAAGGAUUUCAAGUCAAUCAAAAGCAAACUGAGGAAACUUCUGGAUUCCAAUGAUGUUGCAACGGAUGAGCAACGGCUUCCCAUACAAGCGUUCAACUUGAACGAGUUAACAACGGAGCAAAUGAAAGAGAAGGCAAAAAUUGAACGGGAAGAAGAGCAUGGAAAACUAUUGAGUUUCAUUGUAAGACAGGAAAAAAUAAAUGAAAUGAUAAUCCAGAAAUGUUGGAGCAUAAUGGAACGGAAACCGGUGAAAGUGCGAUCCAUCUUCACAAAACUUGCCGUGGAAAACUAUCCCUCCCUGCCGAACGAACGCGACCAAGAUUUUCUAACCAAGAUGGCGGUGUACCGCGAAACGGAACUCAUGGCUAGCCACGAUGCACUGUUGCCCUGGAAACCGACACCAACCUACCAGCUGGAAUCGAUACUGAACCGUGAUCCGGACUAUGGUAACGUGAUCGACGUAUUAUCACGGGCCGCACAGAAGAAAUAUACAACUCUCACCGGCACUACGACGCACCUGUACGUGGAACCGAUUCCGUUACGUUUCGAGCAGCUCGAGGUGGUCACCUUUGAGCAGCUGUAUUUCGAAAAAGUUUAUGGGAAUAUUCAAAUGAUGCAGCUUCGAGAUUACUUCAACAAAAAGUUUGAUGAGCUCAAAGCUCUGAAAGACACCGAAAUGAGCAUGGUCCUAAAAAGGAACGCUCGCCUACGAGUGAUACAAAGCGAACUGGUAAUCAUUUCAAAGCUCUUGGAAAUACCUCAAAUUCAACCGGAAGACAUUAUCGAUCCAAGAUUCGAACCAGAUGAGAUCCCAGACACCAUUGUCAAAACGGAGAAUCAUGAAAUUUCAGUGGCACCCUACCUGACGCCCAGCAUGGAGUGUCUCAUAGCGCAGGAAAAGGCGGAAAGAGAACGCCGACAGAAGGAACUGAUGGCAGAUGAUUUCAAAGAUCGUGCGUUGAUGGUGAUGAUGGACGGUGUGCUGGAACAUCGCUGGGAGGAUGAAAUCAAGAAAACGCCUCCCGUUCCACAUUGCCUGGAAACGGGAAAAGACGCUCAGUAUUUUAACGAAACAGACCUGCGUGAAGUCAAAGAAUACGAAGAGCAAAUUGAAUUUCUACACAAGGAACGUACACGAUACAAGAAGAUCCUCGAAUCGGAAAAAUCACAAAUCAUCGAAAGCCUGGAAGAUCAAAUUAAAAAGUUCAACACCAAGGUCGGCUUAUGUCUGCUGGACAAAAUUCGCAUCGAAGCUGCCAUCAGGGAGGAAGAAAUGCGAAUCCUUCGAAACACGUUUUACAACCAUCAGCGGCUAGUUUACGAUCGGCUGGCAAACUUGCUGCGCGAAGAGAUCGAUUCCAGUGCUAAACACAUCGACACACUUACUGAAACCAUGGGCGAACUCCAGGACAAGGUCAAUGACUAUAAGAAUACAUACGAAUCGCUGAGCACAAAGGAUCGGCUGCUGGAUAAGCAGUUUAAGAUAAACUUUUCCGACACGGCUCAAUCGGCGAUAGUUGAUCAGGCUUACAAGAUUUUCAAAAAGCGACCCAAGGCUCAACUACGAGCGGUAGUGACUGUGUCGAUAUUUCAAGAUCUUGCCAAACGAAUCACUGCAAGGAAAGCCACACAGCCAAGCAACAUUCUUCUGCCGCAGGAAUGCGUGGAAUAUCUUGCAGCUUGUGACGGUUUAGAUCAAAUGUCGAACGCCCCUGCCGGGAUGGACACCAAUCUGUGGCAAACGCUCUGCAAAAUGAGACGCAUCAAGAUGGAAAGUGAAUUUCGGCUUAAAAGUUGUGAAAUUCAAUUAGCAGAUUCGGAAGCAGCCUUGAAUGCAUUUCAGAAGGAAAUAACUUCGAAACGUAAUUCACUAACGGCACUCGAGUCUAAACUACAAGAUUUGUUGAACAAAAAGUUCGAGGAUUCCACUAACCGAAACGUACAAAUUGUAAUGAAACGUGGCCUCAUAGAAGUUCCCAUCUCCGGAAAGAUGGUCGACUUCAACAAUUGUAUUCUGAUUCAUCGUACCGAUGUGGACGACAUCAACGUCGUAAUAAAACAAGCUGGCUCGAAGAAGCUCAAAGCCAUGAUCAAUGCAGCUCAGUUCAGGAGGAAAAUCAUUGCCCAAGAAUGGGACCACAAAGCGUUGAAGCUGAAGAUACGCGAUAUGAAAGAUCAGGUGAAGAUGAUUGAAAAGUGUAAGAUAACGAAGGAAGUGCAAGACUGGCUGAAGCGGAAGGAGAUGGGCGUUUUUGAGGAUCUCGGUCAGCUGGCGUUGGAGAGGGAAAUUGAGAACACCAUAUUCGCUCAAGAGAAAAUGCUUCAAGAGGUGAAAAAGUCUGUUGAGGAGUUAGAGGACAAAAUCGUCAUCAAACGCAAAGAGAACAAGGUGCUGGAUAAGCAAACUCAAGAACUGAACGUGGAUGUUACUGAGCAGCAUCUUCAAAAGGAUUCCGAAAUGGAAGAAAUCGAGCAAAAGGCAGCACAGGCACGGAUGACGGCCAUAGUGGAUCGUGCUCGAUGGGUGCGACUGGUCCAGGCGCAACACGCCCAAAUACUGGAGCUUGGAACAAUGCUAGAGCUGCAACGGUUAAAGACGUAUCCUACGUUGACCGCUCCUGCUGCACUGAUUGAUACUCGCCAUGUAAAAUAAAUGGAUGCGUAGAUUUUUUAGAUAUUUAGGUAUUAGGUGUAUGAUUUAUACUGUAGUUGUAUUUAAAAUGAAUAAAUUCUAUCUUUCUGAUCACACGAAAACAAUGAUAAAGGUCCUGUCAUCUCAAUCAAGCGAAUUCCGACACGCAACCGCUGUCACUACAUCAGCAGGACCGAGAUGUGAGCAGGCACCAGAAAUCCACGUGGCGCAACCCCAAGGCACCCCAAACUUCAGAACGUCGCCAUAGAUUGUAGCGGUGUAAAGUGCCGUGCAUUGCUAGCAGCAGAAAAGGAAGCUAAACGAAGUGUCUACGCGCCUCCAUCUUCUUCUUUAUGGCUCAACGUUCGCAUUGGAACAUGGCCUGCCUCUUUUGAACUUAGUGUUCUUUGUGCACUUCCACAGUUAUUAAUUAAAAGGCUUUCUUUGCCUGCCAUUGCAUGAAUUUGUACAUUGUCCAAUGAACGGGAAUCGGACCGGGAAUCGAACCCGCCGUCUCCGGAUUGGCGAUCC